ACAUCAACAAUAUGCCGUUUCGUUCGAACUUCGAAAUAUUGAUAAAAACUGAUAAGAAUUAACCCGGGUUUAAAGUACUUACUUUAUGCUUCGGAAUUACUUGAGUGUUAUUUCAUCGAAUACACUGAGUGCACGCAUGGACUGAGACAUUAUUUUUAUUUAUUUGUUAAAUAUUGUUGAAUUAAAAUGGGUGUGCAGAGUGAUAAAGUAUUAGAAGCUGUGUCGGGUAGGGAAGCUGUGAAAAUGGUGAUAAAGUGUGCGUUUAUCGGCUUAUGGCAAAUGAUUAUUCUCGCGGUGCGAAGGUUAUGGAAAGGGCACCGGAGAAAACUCUCCAAAAACUGCCCACCGGUUGAACUUACAGUGGAUUCGUCUAUCGGCGUACAUUGCUACAUCAAAAUAAUGGGAGUCAAAUACCACUAUGUAGAAACAGGUCCUAAAAGCGGCAAGAAAGUUCUGAUUCUCGGAGAUGCACCAGACAUGGGUGAUCUCUGGGUUCCGAGAUGGUCUGCAGUAGUGAGGAGACUUGCUGAAACUGGUCACCAUGUUAUCACCCUGGAUCUGAGAGGAACUGGAGGGAGUGAAGGAGGUGGAAGGGCCGAUCUGGCACCUCCGAGGGUUGUUAGGGAGUUGAGGGCUUUGCUGCUGGCCCUUGGGGCUUCUGAGACUAAUCCAGCUGUGGUCAUCGGCUUUGGCAUUGGUGGUAUGUUGACUUGGUAUCUAGUCCACUGCCACGGCUCGCUGGUGAGCAAAUUCGCGGCGAUUGCGGCGCCGCACCCUAACCUCUACUGGCAGCACCCCCCAGCCGCCUUCUGCCAGGGCUCCAUACACUUCAUACAGUGGCCCCAUUUUCCGGAAAGUUGGUUAGCAGAGGGCGUACUGCAAGAAGGCACGCAGUGGGCGAGCUCUCGGGCCAGGGACUGGAGUGGGGCUCUCAACUAUGUUAGAGGUGCGGCGUGGUACCGCAUCCAUCCGGAACAUAAGGUCCAAGCGCGGGGCUUGCUGGUGGGGUCGCGGCACAGCGCAGCGCAGCUCGUGGCCAGCGCGCAGUUCUGCGCCAGCCCUGCGCUGCGCCUGGUCACCGCGCCCGGCCCCGGGGACAAAGAGCUGCCCGGGAUGCUGCUGGACUUCUUUGUGGGUAAACAGAAGCCCCCGGAAGAGAUAUCGCGAGGGUUGGUGGGCAGGGUGCUGGGCGCGGUGGCGGACCGCGGCCGCGUGCUCACCCGCCUCGCCUUGCCGGCCAACGCGUAAUGUUUCAACAUCUACAUUCUACAGGGUAUAUCCAAGGAACUUGUAUGAAAAUCGAAAACGCCUUACCCCUGUAUACUGAAACGCUUUUUAAAUUGAGGAGCUAGCGAACAAAUCGGUGUAUCGAUGUAAUUGGACGAAAUAUAAUUUACCUACUGGAGCUGAUGAAACUUGUUAGGGUUCAAUAUCGUAAAAGGAAAAGAAACCCUUAUAAUACUAUAAGGGUUACACUUUGUUGUCUGUCUGUCUGUCGUGUCUGUCAAGAAAACCUAUAGGAUAGUUCCCAUUGAUCUAGAAUCUUGAAAGGCAGGUGAGCAGAUCUUAUAGCACAAGUAGAGGAAUAAAUCUGAAAACCGUGAAUUUGUAGUUACAUCUACAUUUCAGGCCUGGAGUGUAGUUGUACUAUUACCAUAAAGUACUAAAAGGAACUCUGCCCGUGAAGCGACAUUACUGUUGUUCCUGCAAAAAGUGUUGCGUAGAAAAGUGAACCCUGAGGAACAUCGGUAUUGAUAACUAGAUCAGAUGAGCAGCCGUCAACGAUCACCCGAAAUGACCAAAUAUUCAGUGGGUUCUAGAAAAAAGUAUCCAUUUUGAUCAGAAGUAUAAUUACACAGUUUUGUUCGCCAGCUCUUCAACUAUUUCAUACAAUAACUUAUUAUACCUAUGUUCAAUUAUCGUUUUAUCUCUUGUACUAAUAAAAAGCGAAAUACACACAUUUACAUUCCUAUGUGCAGUGGACCCGCGGUAAUCCGACAAACGUUUUGCAGGACAUUGUCGAACUAUCGAGUCGAGUCGAACUGUCGGAUUAUAGAGUACUGCCUGACCCCCUAUAGUCCGGAUUUUUUUACAAAAGAGUAAUCCGACAAAUUACAGAUGCAAUGAUAAGAUUCUAUAUGUUAUACAUACUCUGCAGUACAAAUUAUACUUUACUAUAUAUGUCUUUAAUAAAUUCAAUAAUAAUAGACAUGUCGGAUUACAGGGGGUACCGGAUUUAGACAGGGGCCGGAUUACCUAGGGUCCACUGUAUUUAAAUAAGAAUUAAGUAGGUAGAUUUAAGCUUCUGUCGGCGCCUUACAGAUUGUAAAAGCAGACUGAUUUCUUUAACUGUAAAUAAAAUGAGGGUAGGUAGGUAGAUUGCAUGAUUGUAACUAUUCUUGCCAGUGAAGCAUUGUUGUAUUAAAAUAAUAAAAUUAUAUAAAAUGUUGCCAUAUUAUAUUUUAAACAUUAAUAUUAUUUUCGUUGGGGGUUGCAAAUUUUCGUUACAUUUUUUAAAUAAAAUGAUUGAAAAAUUUCGCCGUCCCUUAGGGAUAUUAGGAAUAGGUAUAUUUUAUAUUAUAAAUUAGGAUAAGUUUAAAUGUUAUGUAUCUACUUUUUAUAAUUAUGUAACCUAUGAAUCAUUUAAUGUCAAACUAUACGAUAUUAUAGCAGACAAAUAAAUGAAAUUAUAAUAA